GUCUGUGGGCGGGGAUCAUCGUCUGCACCGUCUGUCAGGCCGCGUGCUUCCUGGCCUUCAUCGCUCGGCUGAACUGGGAGAAAGCCUGUCAGCAGGCUCAGGUACAUGCCAACAUGAGACGACCUGUGGCCCAGGAUGGGACUUCGCUGGCUCAGGACCUACUUGACCCAGGGGGCCCUGGAAGCCGGGGAGAGACCGGGAUGAGAGACGCUGAGAAGAAAGACGAAGCCCCGCUGGAUCAGCAGCUGCACCAGGAAGCGGCCCCUCGGAGGCCCAGGCCCAGGCCGCCGGCCAGGCUGACCGGGAGGCAGCUGGCGCUGCGGCGGGGGCUCCUGCUGCUGGGGCUCCUGGCCGUGCUGCUGGCGGGCGUCCUGGUGCGGGUGUGUGUCCGAGCUUAGGGCGGCGGAGAGAGAGUCGGGCCAGUAAGACUUUUGGGCUCACAAGCAAAUCAUUCAUAGGCCCCGUGGGGAUUUGUCUGCCGGUAAGGCAAGUCAGCCGUGCCCAUGGCUUCAAGAACUGAGAGUUCAAAGAUGUAUUUUCCAAGGAAGAAAAUGAACCAAGUGAAAACUACGUUCUUACCACGACAAUGUCUGAGAAGUCACAUCAGAGGGAAGUUCAUCCCUCCAAGGACCACUGUGCGGACUGCAUUCCUCGUGGCUUUGCUGUUCUGCUCACUGUUUCUUUAGAUACAAACCCAUGUGCUGAGUGCUUAAGGGCUGCUGCUAUCUGAAUUAUUUAAAAUAUGUUACAAUAUA